AUGGCGGCGGACUGGCGGAAGCAGAGGGAGCUCGAGGAGGCCCGGAAGGCGGGUAUCGCGGAGCCGGCGCGCGAUGAGGACGGCAACGAGAUCAACCCGCACAUUCCGCAGUUCAUGUCGAGCGCGCCGUGGUACCUGAACAACGACCAGCCGUCGCUCAAGCACCAGAAGAACUGGAAGGACGGGCCGAAGGACACGCGGGAGUGGUACAAGCGCGGGAAGAAGGCGUUCCAGGCCACCAAGUUCCGGAAGGGCGCGUGCGAGAACUGCGGAAGCAUGACGCACAAGAGCAAGGACUGCCUGGAGCGCCCGCGGGCCAAGGGCGCGAAGUUCACGGGGAAGCACAUCGCGGCGGACGACGUCGUCGAGGACAUCAACCUCGAGGCGUUCGACGCGAAGCGCGACCGCUGGAACGGGUACGACAACGCCGAGUACAAGCGCGUCGUCGACCGGUACGAGCGCAUCGAGGAGCUGCGGAAGCAGGCCAAGGCGGAGGAGCUCGCGAAGCAGGAGGGGCUGGACGCCGAGAAGGCGCGGAAGGCGGCCGAGGCGGAGCUCGCGGGCGACGAGAAGGUGGCGGAGGAAGAACAGGCCGGAUUCGCCAAGGUGGAGCGGCGCGUGCGGACGGUCGCGGGGGGCGCGUCGGGGUCGAUUCGGAACCUCCGGAUCCGCGAGGACACGGCCAAGUACCUGCUCAACCUCGACAUUGACAGCGCGUACUACGACCCCAAGUCGCGGUCGAUGCGCGAGGACCCGAACCCGAACAAGGACCCGCGUGAGAAGCACUUCCAGGGCGACAACUUCGUCCGCCAGAGCGGGGACUACCAGGGCUGGCAGGCGCUCAACCUGCACGCGAUCCAGGCGCAGGACAAGGGCGUGGAGGUCAACGCGCUGGCGGCGCCGUCGCAGGCCGCGGCGCUGUACAAGCAGUUCAAGGAGAAGAAGGCGAACGUCGCGAAGACGUCCAAGCAGAGCGCGCUCGAGAAGUACGGCAGCGCGGCCGCGGAGGCCCCGGAGGAGUUUAAGCGCCUGGGUCAGACGGAGGGCUACGUCGAGUACGACCGGGCCGGGCGCGUCAUCCAGGGCAAGGAGGCCAAGGUCGUGUCGCGGUACGAGGAGGACGUCUUCCCGCAGAACCACACGAGCGUCUGGGGCAGCUACUGGGCGGACGGGCAGUGGGGGUUUGCGUGUUGUCGGUCGACGGUGCGGUCGUCGUACUGCACGGGCGCGGCGGGGAUCGAGGCGAAGGAGGCCGCGGCCGCGCAGAUGCAGGCGAAUAUGGAGGCGGACGCGCAGCGGCGGGCCGCGCGCGAGGCGGAGGGCAACGACAUGGGCGCGGCGGCGGCGGCGCACCGCGAGGCGCGCGGGCUGUGGGGCGGGCAGGUCGAGGAGGGGACGGAGCUGGACCCGGAGAAGGUGAAGGAGGCGCUGCGGCGGCACGAGGAGCGGGAGAAGGCGGCGGCGGAGGGGCGCGACGACCGGAAGCGGGGGUACAAUUCUCUGAGGGAGGAACAAAUGACUCAGGAGGACAUGGAGGCGUACCGGCUGAAGCGCGUGCGCGCGGACGACCCGAUGGCGCGGCCGGCGGGCGGCGGGGGCGGGCAGUACGACCUCGUGUGA